AUGGCGAUGGUUCCUGGAUUUACAAGCUACAAAGGCUGGAGCCCAAGUGAAAAUGUAAUUCCUCUGUCAGGAAAAUACUUGGCCAUAUCUUUAAAAGAAUACAUAAGAAUUCCAAUUUAUUCAAGUAUGUGUACUGUAUUUGAAAAGGGCAGUCCCGCAGGAGGAGUGAGGGCGGAAGUAAGGGUGACCAACGUAACUCCCCAGGACUCAGCUGUGAUCGCCUGCACAGCCACUAACGCCUAUGGGAGCCACACGCAUAACAUGGAGCUAAAGGUCCAAGACGUACCCGAAGCCCCUCGAGACCUGCGCGUGACCCGGGAGGGCAGCAGGUCAGUCACCGUGACCUGGGCGGCCCCCCCUUCCCCCAACACCCCCAUAACUCAUUAUGUCAUUCACCUGAAGACGCAGACAGUAUCCUGGGAGAGCAACAGCGUCAGACAGCUGAGGACAGAAGGCAGCUCGACAUCCGCUGUUCUCGAGGACUUGCUGCCGGCUAAAGUAUUUCAGGUCCGCGUGGUCGCCGUGAACAGCGUGGGCGAGUCUCCCUCCUCCGAGCCCCUAUCCCUCCGUACUGACGGCGAGGCCCCCAGCGCUGCGCCCGUGACAGUGCGGGCGGUGGGCGUGAGUUCCAGGGAAGUCCAGCUGACGUGGGCGGCGCCUGAUCCCGAUACGUGGAAUGGGCAGCUCCUCGGGUACUACGUGGGGCAUAAGCAAGAUAGUCCCGUGGGCAGUGGGCGGUCCUUCAGCUUCGACACCGUGGGCGUGACGGGCGGAGGCGAGGAAACCUGGACUGUGGGCAACCUGGAGAAGUUCACUCGCUACGUUUUCGUCCUUCAGGCCUUCAACGGCAAGGGCCCUGGUCCGCUCUCGACCGAGGUGUUCGCGACGACGCUUGAAGACGUCCCAGAAGCUCCCCCAGAAGACGUGACCUGUGUUGCCCUGACCUCGACGCGGGUGGAGGUGUCAUGGUCCCCGCCCCCCGCCCACCUUACCCACGGCCGCAUCACCACCUAUACGCUCACCUACACGCCCAUGGAUGACCAUACAGGGCUUCCCGCCGGCGAGGCCCGCAUCGUCAACGGCCAGAGCGCCACCGUCGGCGACCUCGAGCGAUACACUAACUACUCGGUAACGGUGGCGGCGGCGACGAGGGCGGGAGUGGGCGUGUCCUCGCAGCCCGUCGUUUGCGCCACGGAGGAGGAUGUGCCCCAGGCGCCCAGGACGAUCAAAGUGGUGAUGAACGGCCCCAACAGCGUGAUCGUAGCGUGGGCGGCCCCAGAACGCGCCCACGGGACUGUGACCAAGUACAUCCUCUACAGGAGAGCUCCGCCCGCAAGAGAUCCUAUCAGGAGGAUUCUCCCGCCUCAGACGCUGUGGCUCGAGGUCACAGAUCUGGCUAGCAACCACCUCUACGAAUUCUGGGUGACCUCUGCAACCAGAGUAGGAGAAGGACCUGCCUCUCCUGUUGUAUCUGCCACGCCUUCCGCUACAGUGGGCUCCGGCAUAUACAGUGUGGGCGGAGAAGUGCGGGCGGCUCGAGGUACAGAUGUUGUCCUGUCCUGUCAGCACGUCGGACGCCCAACACCCACGCUCUCUUGGCGACGCGAUAACGCCCCUGUUACUCAUGACUCCAGGUACGAACCUCAGUUGGACGGCGGCCUCCUUAUACGGGACUGCCAGCGGUCGGACUCAGGGAACUAUACCUGCCACGCGAGCAAUCGACACGGCUCUGACCACGUCGUCUACACGCUGAUUGUCAUGGUGCCUCCAGCCGCAGUCCUCCUCCACUCGAUGGGUUCGACCUCGACCUCCGUCACGGUGUCCUGGCGCCACGUGGACGACGGUGGCGCCCCUGUCCGGAAGCUGACCUUGACCUGGCGACCUGAUCCCGGAGAAUGGCGAGAGGUUACCUUGGCACGUCACCUGACUCAAUACACCUUAGGGGAACUCACCUGCGGGACGGAAUAUCACCUCUAUCUCACUUCACAUAACAAAAUAGGCCCCGGCGCAGCCAGUGAGGUCAUCACGGUGCGGACGAAAGGGUCACGCCCAUCGCCGCCCCCGCAGCACCGCCUCAUCUCGGUCAACACGACGGCCGUGACCUUGCGACUGACUGCGUGGGCUGACCAGCAGUGCCCCAUCGCCCACUUCUCCGUCAGGUUCAGGCCUUCUAACCAGAGGGACUGGCAGAUGGUGAGUGGACGCCUGCCAGGGUCGCAGAAGGAGUACGCCCUUGGAGACCUGGCUCCUGCAACGUCAUAUGAGCUCAGUGUCACCGCCCAGAAUCCUGCAGGAGAGACAACGGCGGCAUAUAACUUCAUUACUCUCGGUCUAACGGGAGACCACCUACAGGAGGGUCUCGGCUCCAUAAGCGGAGGGAGAAUGGGACCUACAGGAGGCAUAGGAACGGCCGCGGAGGACGUGUUCACAGACCCCGCCUUCAUCGUCCCCGUCAUCAUCUCCUGCAUCGCCCUCGUCUCGAUCGUCAUCGCUAUUACUCUGUGCAUCAGGAGAAGACCGGGCAACGGGCAGAACGGGAACCAAGGCGGUCGAGGGGGGCGAUUCCUCAGCCACUUCUGCAGCCGAGAACAAGAGCAACCUGGCGGCGAGAGAACAGUACUAUGCAACUGUCAGGAAGCCCGCGCCCUCGCCGAUACAUGAUGUUAACGCCCUGGAACGCAUACCAGGUAUUACGGCCACAGGUACCUUGAUUCAUGUAAUCCCACCUUGUCUAGUUUUUUCGUCUCGUUCUUCAUUUUUUUUUUCUUUAAGGGGGUGGUGAGAUGUGGUGGUUUAGUGUUAUUAGGAUCAAUUUAUUAAUAACUGAUUUAUUAAUAUUAUCGUCAUUAUUAACACACCAUCAUCUUCAUUAUCAGAUGUUAUCCAUAUUCAAGAUCAAUGAUAUUAUUAACAAUACUGUUAGUAUUAUUGUUAUUUUAUAAUAAUAAUGAUACUAUUACUGAUACUACUAAUAAAAAAAAAUUCAAUUUAUCGUUAUAUCAUUAUUCAUUUUUUUUAUUGUUAUCAUU